AUGCAAAUUCCUAAUUAACAUGGUACCAAUCCUGAAGACCUUAAAAUUACCAGAGAUGAAUUCAAAAAAAUAGAAAAGGCAAUGAAAAAGCCUGAAUUCGCUGAAUUGAUGGGUGAUUACAUGAAGGAAAUAUCAGAUCCAAAAAAUAGGGAAGAAUAUGAUUAAUAUUUGAAAUAAUUGGAACGAGAAUCAGAAUUGCCAAAAGGCAUGAAGUUGAUCAAACCUGAACCUCAUUUUUGUGUUAAGACAUCUAUUUGUAAGGAAAUUACUCUAUAAUUUAAGUUUUUUAUUAAUAUAUGUUCAACUAGUGUUAUAGAUAAGCCAUAGUCAGAAACAAUCACAUAAAAUGGGUAAACUGGAUAAAAUUGGAAAAUCCCCUAUUCCAUUGGUAAAAUCCGAUAUGAUCAAGACAAAAAGCAAAACAUAUGCAAUACCGUUGAUGUAGCCUUUCAUCCAACUACGAUAGGAUUAUGUUACAAGACGCCCAAUUUUAAAAAUUUAGUUUGUUCAACAGCACUUGAAGCAUCAGGCAAACAACUUGGAGAAAGGAAUGAAGAAAUAAGUAAAGAUUUUAAGGUUCUAAAACAUACAAAAUGCAAAGGAGGUGAGCCAGCAUUACUUCCUGUUAGGAUUGAUAAAAAGGGAAAACUUACUAAUGAAUUAGAUAGUAGAUAAGGAGGUUAAGCUAAUGCUUAAACAAAGUUAUAAAAGGAUAUCAACUAGAUGAGGGAUGAGAAUGAAAAGAUUAAGGAAGAGGAGAAAUUAAAAUAAUAGUAAUAAAAGGAACAAUAAGCAGAAGAGGAAGAGGAUAUUAAGAAGGAAUCUGAUGAGAUUGAAUCUACAGCUGUUUCAAGACCUAAAUAUAGAUUUAUUUAUUCUUAUCCUGUUGAAUACAGUGACUUCUUAGAUUCCAGAGCCAAUAUGUCUAUCAAAUUACCAAAUUAAUUAGCAUGUGAUUUGAAAAUGUAGAAAGUGGAGGCUAUGAAAGAAAUUCAAUUGGAUCUGAGCAAUCAAGGACUUGUUUUAGAUGUGCCAAAUAAAUAUUUUUUGGACAUUAAAUUACCCUAUCCUAUAGAAUAAACUGAAGCAUCAGCAAAAUUUGAUGCAAAAUCAAAGACACUUAAGAUCAGAGCUCCUAUAUCUAAAGACUAUUUAAAGAUCAAAUAUUAAGAGGAAAUUGAAAGAAUUAAGCAAGAAUAAGCCACAUCUCAGAACGAUGAGAAUGAGGAACCUGAAAUAAAAUAGGAAAUCUAGAUUAAGUUCAUUCCAUAGGAACCCGAGGAAUAACAAAUCCAAGAACAAAAGGUUCUUGUACAGGAACUUGCUUCUUCUGAAAUUAAGGAUCAAUAAAUACAAGAAAUAGAAAUAUAAGAAGAAAAAUAGUAACUUAUAAUUUAAUUUUUAGAGAGAGCUUUUAAUAAUUAACAUUCAAUCAAAGAUAGGAAGGGAGACUAUUAUUUUUAAUAAUUCGUAUUAAAGGGUACACCAAGGCAGAAUUAUUGA